AAAGACUUCAACACGAGAGAAAGAAAACAGUGCAAACAUGGCAGAGGCCAGUGUAUUAUUAGCUCAAGAUCAGUUCACCUGUGCAAUCUGUUUGGAUCUUUUAAAGGAUCCGGUGGCUAUUCCCUGUGGACACAGUUUCUGUAUGGAUUGUAUCUCAGACUGCUGGGAUCAAGAGGAUCCAAAGGGAGUCUACAGCUGCCCACAAUGCAGACAGACCUUCACUCCAAGGCCCGUUCUGGGCAGAAACACAAUGCUGGCUGAAGUGGUGGAGAAGCUGAAGCUUCUGGGACUCCAGUCUGCUCCUGCUGCCCACUGCUAUGCUGGACCUGGAGAUGUGGAGUGUGACGUCUGCUCUGGGAGAAAGCGAAAGGCCGUCAAGUCCUGUCUUGUGUGUCUGUCGUCUUACUGUGAAACUCACUUCAGACUUCACAACGAUUUGAAUCCAGGGAAGAAACACAAAGUGAUUGACGCUGCUGGUAAACUAGAGGAUCUGAUCUGCUCUCAGCAUGAUAAACUGCUGGAGGUCUUCUGUCGUACUGAUCAGACAUGUAUAUGUGUGCUGUGUGUCAUGGAUGAGCACAGUGGACAUAAAACAGUUUCAGUCGCAGCAGAGCGGACAGAGAAACAGAAAGAGCUCGGAGAAACACAGAGAAAAUUCCAUGACGUCAUCAACGAAAAAGAGAUGCACCUACAUGACCUCAGAAAGGCUUUAAAAACUCUUCAGUGUUCUGCUGAUGCAGCAGUGGAGAACAGUGAGAGGGUCUUCACUGAGAUGAUCCGAUCUGUUGAGACAAGACGCUCUGAGGUGACAAAGCUGAUCAGAGAUCAGGAGAGGGCUGAUGUGAGUCGAGCUGAAGAACUCAUGGAGACACUGGAGCAGGAGAUCACUGAGCUGAAGAGGAGAGUUGCUGAGCUGGAGCAGUUCUCACAAAGUGGACAUAACAUCAGUUUUCUCAAGAGUUUCCAGUCUCUGCGUGCCUCCUCUACAUCUGCCAAGUCGUCUACGUGCUCAGUGCAUACAGAUGAGCUUUUUGAGAGAGUGAGUGACGGCCUCACUGUGCUCAAAGAGAAACUGCAGGAUGUGCUCCACCAGGGACUACAGGACAUGACUAAAACUGGUGAACAAAUCAGCAUUUUCAGACCUUCAGAGCCUGUGACCAGAGAGGACUUCCUAAAAUAUUCCCAUCAGCUGACACUGGACCCCAACACUGCUCAUAAUCUGCUGAAACUGUCUGAGGGAAACAGAGCUGCAGAGAGGGUUAUUAGGAGUCAGUCAUAUCCUGAUCAUCCAGACAGAUUUAAUCGUGUAGAACAGGUGAUGUGUCCAGAGGCUACAUCUGCCAGGUGCUACUGGGAGGUUGAGUGGUCUGGAGAGGUGCGUAUAGCUGUUUCAUACAAGGGGCUGAAGAGGAAAGGAAGUCAUAAUGAUGUUUAUCUUGGGUCCAGUACAAACUCCUGGGCAUUGUAUUGCUAUUCAUCUCAGUUCCUCUUCUACCAUAAUAAUGAAUCAACUAAACUCCCUGGUGCUCAGAUCUCCUCUAGAAUAGGAGUGUAUGUGGAUCACAGGGCAGGAACUCUGAGCUUCUACAGCGUCUCUGCCAACACUAUGACUCUGCUGCACAAAGUAGAGACCACAUUCACUGAGCCGCUCUAUCCUGCCUUUUGGCCCUACUAUGUUGGCCACAAAAUCAAACUUUGUCAGUGAUAACAAACCAGCACAAAAUAACAUUCAUGUUCAUAUGCCAAAAACAAAUAUGCUGUAUUGUGAACCAUUUCAGAAAUUCCACUCUUUGCGAUAUUCAGUUUAGAUAAGACAAUUCAAUGAUGACAUGACCUUGCCUUGUUGAAAUGUUGUGAGGGCUAAUAGUGAAGAAAAUUAUUUGUUUGUAUGCUUGUUUGUUUGUUUGUUUCAACAUAAACACUCUCUUCAGUCAUGAAGUUAAGGGUUGCAUGUACACUAGUAUGGGUGUUCAAUAUUUUACUACUUCCAUGAUAUAAAAAUUCUCAACCAGACCCUCCUGUGUCAGAAGGGUAGCAAGGCUGUCACAGAGUGCUGUCAUGCUCUAUACAAGAAUCAGUCGCUACCAUCAUGCCUUCAUCCUGGCUCUAAACCAGUGGUGCUCAAACUUUGGUACGUGUACCACUGGUGGUACUUGAGACAUCUCUGGUGGUACUUGGAAGAAUUCAUUUUUUUGCAUUGAUUUGAAGUCUGAUCAAGUUGUUGCAGUUGAAAAUGUCUCUUUGGUCUCACAUUGUGUAAUAUUGAAUUGUAUGAAUCUGAAAACAUAAUGCAGAAUAAUACGAGGCAAGCAAGAAAUUUAAAAACAAACGUGCACUGAAUGUGACCGUAGCUGUUAAUGCCGUUAUGAACCUCUCCUGUAUUGACUGGCAAAAGUGAACAUGGAAGGCCUUUGCUGCGACAUUCUAAUGUUGGUUGUCACAGUGGUACUCGGAGAGCUCAAUAUGUUCUCAGGUGGUACUUCACACAAAAAGUUUGAGAACCACUGCUCUACAGGUAAUGUAGUACUGAUUACUGUGUGGGAUAUACAGCACUUUACUGUUCAUCUUCAUCUGAAGAUGCUGGCUCAUGGAUGCUUUUUUUAAAAUUAUACAUUCCUUCACUGUUUUGGUGCCUGUAGGUGUUUAAAGUGUUUAUGUAACACUGUCUGUAAACAUGUAAUGUAAUGUGUGUAAUUAAUAUCUGUAAUAUCUGUAAAAUAUGUAAUGAUGUACAUUCUUCAUCUUCCAAGUCUAUUUGUUUG